CGUAUGAAUCAUGAAAUGGAGCAGAUUAGUGCAGGAGAUACAACGAAGAAGACGAUGGCUUCUCUGAGACUGACGGUCGAGAAAGAGAUCGAUGCACAGCGUCAGAGAGCCGAAUCCUUCACGGCGUUUCCGUUCAGGAGAUCCUUGGAUUCGUUAGUGGAACGAGCACAAGCCACCGCUCGGAGCCAAGUGAAACUUGCAAAGAUGAAAGCAGAAUUGAGAGAAGCAGAAGGCGAACUCGUUAGAGUUUUGGCAGUGAAGACACGUAAAGAGGCAAGGCAAAUGGGGAUAAGGGAUUCCAUAUCUGCUGCAAAAUCUAGAAUCGAAGUGCUUGGAAGAACUUUGCAAUCACAGAGGUCUAGGAAGGAUGAGUUUCUGGCCAUUAUCUCCAAACAAUUGCAAGCCUUGGGAACGUCUAAGGACAAUCACGGUAAAAACGUUGAAGAUAAAGGUGAUAUCCAAGAAGCCAUCUCGUGGUACAAUCGGGUUCUUGGUUUUCAUGUUGAAGCAGGAUAUGGAGUUACAUUCAAAUUCAUCAACAUUGAUGCAAACAAUCCAAAUCGUGAAUACUCGUUCACGAUUCACUAUGGAAAUGACAUAUACACAUUAUUGGAUUGCAACCCUCAAUUGAAUGACAUCAAAGAGCUGGUUCAGGAACUGAAUGACACCAACGAUCUUUUCAGAUUUGUUCUCUUGAUGAGGGAGAAGUUUCUGAAAGCUACAUUAUCAGGGUUGCCGACUCAUUCAGAAGAUUUGCAUCAAGAAUCUUCGGUGAUAUCUAUCUCUGCGCCAUUGUCAUCAUUCUCCAUUUACACAAGCAUGUCUUCACCACAGAGCAAGGAAUCUCAGGUUCUUCGUGAAAUGAAUCGGCACUAAUGGUAAUUACAGGCUAAGGAAUGAAGUUAAAAGAAAACCAUAUGGAAAACUAAUGCCUUCACUUCUGACACGGAAGACUUGACAACACUAUGCGUUGUUGGGAUUUUCAUAUGAUGCAUCUUAAUCUUGUAACCACGCCGCCUUCAUUGAACUCCCCAAACGAUAUGAUUACAGCUUAUGCCUUGUCUUAAUAUUUUGAUGUUCAUUUGGGUCUAUGUUUGGCUGCCAUAUGUGAUGGCUGAAAAUUGAAAUAGUUGAGAUUCCAUAACGAGCCGAGCCAGUAUACAUAUACACGUAUACGUG